GCCUAGACCAUGGCUGGAGGCAAAGCUGGAAAAGACAGCGGGAAGGCCAAGGCUAAGGCAGUAUCACGCUCACAGAGAGCUGGGCUCCAGUUUCCUGUGGGCCGCAUCCACAGACACUUGAAGACUCGCACCACAAGCCAUGGACGGGUGGGCGCCACUGCUGCUGUGUACAGUGCUGCAAUUCUAGAGUACCUCACAGCUGAGGUGUUGGAGUUGGCAGGUAAUGCUUCUAAAGAUCUCAAAGUAAAGCGCAUCACCUCAUGUCACUUACAGCUUGCAAUCCGAGGUGACGAAGAGUUGGAUUCACUGAUCAAGGCUACCAUAGCCGGGGGCGGUGUGAUUCCGCACAUCCACAGGUCUCUGAUCGGAAAGAAGGCAGAAAACUGCUUAGACGUGAGUCACUGA